CUUGAGGCACCUCCCGGCUCCGCCUCCGCUGCGCCGCCGCCGUUGCCCGCACCAGCGUCCUCUCCCGCCGGUGGCGCGGCCUCUGGAGGCACCUCCCCGAGCUCUCCUUCCGCGGUCUUGCUCCCGACGCUCUCCAAGCGGCCCUCGCACAGGUUGACAUACCAAAGUUGUCCCUCCUCGACAUCUAUUAUUGCUCCAACUAUAUCGACCACACGUCUUCCGUGGAAGGAGUCGCCUCGCUGCUCCGCGCCGCCGCGCGUCUUGACCCGGUCGAUCUCAACAUCGUAGUUAUGGAGGACUGGACGGAUGAACCUAUCGCCGUCGAGGUGCCUUCCUUUGCCCGCGCAACAUCGAUCAGGCUGCACCUUCUCAACCACCACCUAACACCACCAGCGAAGGCGGUGAUUUUCCAGUGCUAGAGAGGCUUUCAAUUGCUGCUAGCUGCUUCGAUAUCGGCCCCCUGAUCUCAGGAUGCCUAUACCUGCGCGUGCUAGAGGUGGAUUUUUAUCGGGGUCUCGACCCCAUUACGGUCCACUCGGUGACCAUUGAGGAGCUCUUUGUGACCGGCUGGGAGCCGCUCCGAGGUCUUGACAUUGUCGCCCCCCUGCUGAAAAAAUUCACCUUACUUAGGUCCGUGGAUAAGGAUUUCAGCAUGUCAUUGUUGGCACCUAAGGUGGAGAAUAUCUUGUGGAAUUGCGGGGUUAGCUUUUAUCCUGAAAAAAAUGUAGUGAUUGAUGUGUCUGGGAUGUGGAGGCUGAAAAACCUGAAGUUACAGACUGAGGAGUGCGGCUUUGUCCUAAGUUUGGAUGUAGGAAGACCGUAUUCUAUAACACACGCCCGAAAGUUGCAAGAGAUGUUCCAUCUUCCUGACAUUUCUGUUUUGGAGCUAUGUGUUGAAACAUGUGGACAUGUUUAUGGAGCGAUGGUGUUGAAUCUACUAAGGAUUUGUAAUGCUAAACAAAAGCUUAAUGUGUUUGUUGAUUGUCGUGCGAGUUGGACGACAGUUGAAGCAUGUCCUCCAGACUGCCUUUGCAAUCAGCCGCAAAAUUGGAGAAAUCAGAAUAUCUACUUGAGCCUUGAAGAAGUAGAAAUAGUAAAUUUCAAAGGAAGCGGCUAUGAAAUUGAUUUCUUGAAGCUUUUGUUCAGAUGUGCUCCCCUGAUGACUGUGACCUUGAAACUGGCUGCCAAAGUUUCACCAAGUAGCCGAGGACGCAAGGAAACCUACAAGAUUUUCAAGGCAAAUCCAGCCGUAGAAUGUCAUGUUUAUCGUAAACGUGGCAAGGAGAUAAUCUACGCAUGACUGCAUAUGCAUCUAGACGAUGCAGCUAGAGAUGAUAUGCUCAUGCUUAUGUUUCCGACAAUGAUAACCUAGCCGUCAUGUUUUGCUGAGGAUUUAUGUUAAUUCUGUAGCCUUGUUUCCUGUCAUGGCCACUGGAAUGAAUUGCUAUAUUGCUGUUCUAGGCUAAAUGACCAAUGAGUUUGUAA